CUCGCCCCCACACCCUCGAGACAUCAACGUUUCAACGUUUUCGACCACAUUUGUAGAUGGACUCUCCGAUUCCCUACCUCAAGUCCGAGUUCAUUGAGACAGACACAGGGAACAAGGUCUCUCGCCGUGCUACCAUAGCAGGCCCACAGAACAUCAUAUUGGGCGGAAAGACCAUCAUUUCCGCAGCAUGCAUCAUCCGUGGGGACCUUAGACGAACGGGGCCGGGCCAUACAGUUGUCAUUGCGAUGGGGAGGUACUGCGUGGUAGGCGAGGGAUGUAUCAUUCGGCCGCCAUACAAGACCUACAAAGGCAACUUCAACUACUACCCCAUGAAGAUUGGUGACCAUGUCCACAUUGGCCAGAACUCUGUUGUGGAGGCAGCUACCAUCGGAAACCAUGUCACAAUCGGAAAGAACUGUGUUAUCGGCAAGUUCACGAUCAUCAAGGACUGUGCUCAAAUUGCAGAUGGGACAGUUGUACCCCCAAACACGGUCAUUCCAGCGCUUGCUCUUUUUGCCGGUUCGCCUGGACGUCUUGUAGAAGACCUGCCAGAGUCGACACAAGAGAUGGUAGAACAACAAACCAAGUCAUAUUACACGCGUUUCCAGCCAAUUGAGCGGUAAACUUUGGGCUUGGGCGUUUAUUCCCCACUAUAGCGGGCAGCAAUCAUGUCCUUCGUUUUCAGCUGAACCAUCUCAAGGAUCUGGGAAACUUUGAUGCCUUUCAUCCUCGCGAUGACGUUCACCUCCUUCGGGUCUCCGGAGAUCGCAUGACGAACUCGAUCUCUGCCCCCUUCUCACACAGCCCAAACCUCAUCAGUUUCAUCAUGCUUUGUUGGCCGUUAUCCAAAAC